CAACGACCCUGCGAACCCACAGAGGACACUGCAUUGACUGACGCUCCACAACAACCCCGCAAGGUACUGGUCAUCGGAUCUGGCCCUAUCAUAAUCGGGCAGGCCGCCGAGUUCGACUAUGCCGGCACGCAGGCGUGCAAAGCCCUUCGCGAAGAAGGUGUGGUCACGGUCCUGGUCAACUCGAAUCCGGCCACCAUCAUGACCGACCGGGACGUCGCCGACCGCGUAUACAUCGAGCCGCUCACCGUGCCGGUGCUGGAACGCAUCAUCGCCCAGGAGCGACCCGACGGAGUUCUGCCCACCCUAGGAGGACAAACCGGCCUGAACCUGGCCGUUGCCCUGGCCGACGCCGGGGUGCUGGACCGCUACGACGUGCGGCUGCUGGGAACGCCGCUGGAGACCAUCCGCAAGGCCGAGGACCGGGACUUCUUCCGCCAGUUUUUGACCGAUAUUGGCGAGCCCAUGCCACCCAACCACACCGUCUUCACCAUGGCCGAGGCGCAGGCGUACAAGGCCGAGGCGGGGUUGCCGCUGGUGGUGCGGCCGGCUUACACGCUGGGCGGCACCGGGGGCGGCAUCGCAAACACCGAGGAGGAGUUCCUGGCAACGGUUGAGAGCGGACUGGCCGCCAGCCCGAUCACCCAGGUGCUGCUGGAACGCUCGCUGGUGGGCUGGAAGGAGAUCGAAUACGAGGUCAUCCGCGACGGCGCCGACAAUUGCAUCACCGUGUGCAACAUGGAGAACUUGGACCCCAUGGGAGCGCAUACCGGCGACAGCAUCGUGGUCGCCCCCAGCCAGACGCUGACCGACAAGGAGUACCAGAUGCUCCGGACGGCCAGCCUGAAGAUCAUCCGGGGCCUGGGCAUCGAAGGCGGGUGCAACAUUCAGUUGGCGCUGCGGCCGCAUCCCGACGACUACUACGUCAUCGAGGUGAACCCCAGGGUCAGCCGCUCCUCGGCUUUGGCGAGCAAGGCGACAGGUUAUCCCAUCGCGCGGGUGUCGGCGAAGAUCGCCGUGGGCCGGCGCCUGGACGAAAUUCCCAACGAGGUUACCGGCAGCACCGGCGCGGCCUUCGAGCCGGCGCUGGACUACUGCGUGGUGAAGAUCCCCCGCUGGCCCUUCGACAAGUUCCCCGACGGCGACCGCCACGUGACCACCCAGAUGAAGGCCACCGGUGAGGUCAUGGCAAUCGACCGCAGCUUCGAGGCGGCGCUGCAAAAGGCCACGCGGGCCCUGGAACAAUCCAACUCGUCCUUGCUCUGCCUGAGCAUCCGCGACGGCUACCAACACCUGCUGGAUACGCUGCCCCUGGAUCCCAACGACCUGCGACUGUGGGCGCUGACGGCAGCCCUGCGCCGGGGGGUGUCCCGCGAUCAGCUGGUGGGGCACACUAGCAUCGACCCGUGGUUCAUCGCCGCCCUGGAACGCAUUGUCGACCAGGAACGGCGGCUGUUGGGGAACCCGCUGACGCCGCCCCUCCUGCUGGCGUCCAAGCGGCUGGGGUUCUCCGACGUGGAGAUUUCCACCCUAUCCGGACUGCUGCCGGAACAGGUGCGGCAGUUGCGCCUGCAGCACGGGAUAAAGCCGGUUUUCAAGAUGGUGGACACCUGCGCGGCGGAAUUCGAGGCGGCGACGCCCUACUACUACAGCUCGUACGAUACUGAAAACGAGGCGCCGCCACUGGAAGGCCCCAAGGCCAUCGUCAUUGGCAGCGGCCCGAUACGUAUCGGGCAGGGCAUCGAGUUUGACUAUUGCAGCGUGCACGCGGCGUGGGCCCUCUCGCAGGAGGGGGUGUCCAGCAUCAUGGUCAACUCCAACCCCGAAACGGUGUCGACAGAUUUCGAUACCAGCGACCGUCUCUACUUCGAGCCAUUGGACGAGGAGGCUGUUCGGGACAUCAUCGACAACGAAACGACGGACGACGACCCGCCGCCCAGCCUGGUGCAAUUCGGCGGACAGACCGCCAUCAACCUGUCCCAGUCCCUGGCCGCCGUCGGCCUGCCCAUCCUGGGCUCCAGCGCGGAGGCCAUCGACAUCGCCAGCGACCGGCAGAAGUUUGAACGGUUCCUGGUCAACCUGGGCGUUCCACAGCCGCCGGGGGGCACGGUACAGUCCGUGGACCAGGCGCUGCGCGUGGCCCAGCGCAUCGGGUACCCGGUGGUGGUGCGGCCGAGCUACGUCCUGGGCGGACGCGCCAUGGAAAUCGUGCGCAACGCCACGGAGUUGAUCCGCUACCUGACCAUCGCCACGGAGGUGACGCCGGAGCGCGAGGUUCUGGUGGACCACUACAUGGAGGGCCGCGAGUGUGAGGUGGACGCCAUCUGCGACGGCGAGCGGGUGCUCAUCCCCGGCAUCAUGGAGCACGUGGAGCGGGCCGGCGUCCAUAGCGGCGACUCCAUGGCCAUCUAUCCCGGCCUGAACCUUACCGAGGCUGAAGUGAACACGCUGGUGGACUACACCACCCGCAUCGGUCUGGCCCUGGGCGUGCGCGGGCUGAUGAACAUCCAAUUCGUGCUGCAGGGCGGCAACGCCUACGUGCUGGAGGUCAACCCGAGGGGCAGCCGUACCAUACCGUUCAUAUCCAAGGUGACGGGCGUGCCGGUGGCCAACCUGGCGACCCGGGUGAUGCUGGGCGGCAAGUUGUCAGACAUGGGAUACGCGGGCGGCCUCUGGCCACGCCAGAAACUGGUGGGCAUCAAGGCUCCGGUGUUCUCCAUGUCCAAGCUUGUCGGCGUGGACUGGUACAUGGGGCCGGAGAUGAAGUCGACCGGCGAGGUGAUGGGCAUUGACCGGGACUUCACGGGCGCGCUGACCAAGGCGUUGCAGGCGGCCAGCAUCGACCUGUCGCCGGGGAUGGGCGUGCUGCUCAGCAUCUCGGACCAGUCCAAAGCCGACUCGUUGCCCCUGAUUCGCGGGCUGGCGGACGCCGGCUGCCGGUUGUACGCCACCGAGGGCACCGCGGCGAUGAUCACCGCGAUGGACUUGCCCGUAACGACCAUAACCAAGCGGAUUGGUCAGGGCUCUCCCGACGUGCUGGACGUGAUCAACGACGGCACCGUCGGCGCGGUGGUCAACACCCUGUCGGGCGACUCGUCGGUGAUGCGGGACGGGUUCUACAUCCGCAGGGCCGCGGUGGAGCGGCGCAUCCCGUGCUUCACGUCACUGGACACGGCCCGGGCCGCCAUGGAGAGCAUGCUGACCGGGGUGGACAACUUCAGCGUACUGACCACGGACGAAUACCUGGCGAUGUCCGGGUAA